AGUGAGAAAGACGGGAGCACAAAGGACGCGCACACACUGCUCCUUCAGGAGGGAGAUAAUUGGGUGCAUGAUGUAAACAUGGAAUAAAAAAAAAAAAACGAAAAAGAAAAAAAGACGCAAGGCUGCAUUUCUGUUUCCCGUCGCCCCGGUCCAUUAUCGGUGGUUAAUAUUACAUGAGGUGCCCGCGAACAGCUGCGCGUCUGUCGGCGGACAACGAGGGACAAGUGAGAAAUUAAAGCCAAGAGUGGAGGAGAGGAGAGAGGAGUUCAGCAUUGUUUCAUCUCCGCUUCUGGGUUUGGUUUUUUUUUUAUUUUUUAUUUUUCUCUCCCCCGGAGUUUCCCCCCCUUGACUGCGGUCUGAACCCGCUUCACAGAGGCGAGAUGUUGGGUUUUUCAAGCUGACCAAAUCCGACAAAAGACGAUUAAUCUGCGUUCCUUUUGCGCACGGGAAUGACAAAAGGAAGAUCGCACCAAUAUGUUGCAUUUCUGAGGUAGAUGCGUCUCCAUGGGCGAGGCUCAUUGAUCCAGAACACGUCUCCCAACCCCGCAUCUUACCCCGUCUCCCCGUAAACCCCGUCCCCACCCCCCGUCCCCCCGCACAUCAGCCAUCAUGCCUUCCACCGGCCGCCUGCUGGGUCUGGCCGAGAUGGGGCUGCGCUGCGACCAGGAGAUUGAGAGGAGAUACGAGAUCGUGCCCUCGGUGGUCUGCUCCAUGUGCUGCCUUUUUGGAAUCAUCUACUGCUUUUUCGGCUAUCGAUGCUUCAAGGCCGUCUUAUUUCUCACGGGCCUAAUGUUUGGCUCUGUGGUCAUCUUCAUGCUGUGCUACAAGGAGAGGGUGAUGGACACGCAGCUCAGCGUGGAAGCGUCGGUGGGCAUCGGCCUGGGCAUCGGGACGCUGUGCGGCCUGGUGACCAUGCUGGUUCGCAGCGUCGGACUCUUUAUGGUCGGCCUGCUGCUCGGCCUGCUGGUCGGAGUGGCCUCACUGGUGGUCAUGGAGGAGUUCUACCACCCGAGAACAGUGUGGGUUCCUCUGGGGAUCCUCCUGGGUUCCGGGACGCUGUUCGCCGUUCUCACACUUCAGUGGCAACGCUGUUUUGUCACCCUCUCUACCGCCACGUUCGGCUCCGCCAUCAUCACGGUCACUGUGGAUUAUUUCAUAGAGCUCUUCGCACUGGUACACUACAUCUAUGAGAGACUCAGGGUGGCGCCCAAGAAGCCGGUCUGCUGGUUCACGUGGGUCAUCCUGGGGGUGUGGCCUGUCCUGGCGCUCCUGGGAGUGCUGAUCCAGUGGAAAGUCACUGCAGAGGGAUUUUCUCACACUGAGGUGGUUCUGAGUCGGCAGCAGCGCAGAGUCCAGCUCAUGCGGAUCCGGCAGCGGGAAGAGAGGCUGAAGAAGGAGAAGGAGAACAAGAAGAAGAAGAAGCGGCAGACCCAGAAGACCAGCCACAAGCAGAAGGCCCACACCCACCAUCACCACCACCAGCAGUACCACCACCCGUCAGUGUCCCACCCCCACCACCAGACCCAGAACUCCCAGCCCCCGAAGGUCCCCCCUCCUCCUCAGACCGAGCCCGGAUAUCACCGCAAGGCCAAUCCGAAGAGACGCUUUGAUGGAGACGUGCUGUCGCCGAGCUACAUCCGGAGCUUCCGGGACAGACAGACGGACAGGCGGGCGUACUCCCACAGUCGGAUGAGCCGCUCUCGAAUGGCCGAACUCGACUACGACUGCGGCUCUCAGGUCCCCCUCACAGCUCCGACCGGACCCCCGGUUCGCAUCUGAGGCAGCAAACUGGAGAAAAAAGAAACAAAAACAAAUCCACACGCAAUCACAGUCUACUUCAAAACUCUGAGCGGCGCAGUCAAGGCUGUACAAACCAAACUCACCGUGCCAACCUGACCAUGAACGCAACGGGAGCCCGACGCGACCCGCGCUGCUUCCCUCUCAUCAGAACUGUUCCAGGUUGUAUUUAUUUGGUCAGUUUGUCUUUUUUGAAAGUCGAGAUAUAAGAGCAGAAGGAGCAAGUAUCGAAUCGUCUUUAGUUAUUAGGCCGACCUGAAGGAUCCUUGGGAAAAAUGGACCUGUCCUAUGCUGAAUGAACUGAACCCUCUCUUUUUAAUUGGAUUUUUGAUUGCUUCAAGCUACAACAGUUAUUUUCCAGUGGGAUGUGAAAAAACAACAUCUGAGCACCACACCAUUUCAGAUGAAAGUUCAGCACAUGGCAUUCAUGGAGCUAAAGCGACGCUGAUUUUAAGAGGCCUGCUCGAGUAUUUCAGGAGGAAACAUUUUGCUUUAGGGAUGCUGCGGGGAGCCCUUUGAGGAAAAACGAGACAAAAACAGCAUACAAAAAGCACAGCGAACACUGGAAACUCAAAGGCAGCUCGUCCUUGCGGCGCUUCACUCUGAAAGGUCACCGUGGGAAGUAUUCAGGGAGUCAACAUUUUAUCUCCACUGACAACCUGUAAAUCCAGACGUGGCAGCACAAGGCCUCUCCUGAAACACGCGCAGCGCGGAUUGGGUUUUCAGUGUGAAUCGGAUUACGUGGUUCACACUUAGGACAAUUUCUGCGUGUCUUCUCCAACGAAUCAGUGUUACAUCGCCUGAAUUGGUGCCAUUUCCUGUGGAGAAUGUGCUUACAUCUCAUCACCUUCCCUGUAUCCUUAAUUACCAGAUGUUCCAGCCACAGACCUGAGAAGAAGACACAACACCCCCUCUCCUUCUGUCCUCGUUCCACUGAAUCGAAGAUAUUUGUGCAAGCUGUGUGAUUCUCCCCGUCGACAUGUCUCCAAGUGCUCUCGUGUCCCUUUUUCUGCCUCACGCCCUGUUAAUGUUUCACCUUUUACAGAUUUUGAAAGUUUAAAUGUUCUGUUCGGAUGGAAAUGUUUGUCUGAUUCUGCUCAUCUGGAAAUCGCACUGUUGUCAUCUAAUCGGAGGAAGAUGGGUGACAGUGAAAAAAUGUUAUAAAUAGUGUGUUUAUGUGUGUGUGAGUGGACACAUGAGCCCUGUGGCAAGUGAUGGACUGUACCAAAGAUUGACCAAGGAGAGGGGUGGAUCAACUGUAAUGUAUGAAAAAACAUGCUGUUCUCCUCCUUUCCCCUCUGUGCCAACAUGCUGGCCUGGUUCAAAAUACAAAUUCUUUUGAGUGUGGAAAAUUGGUUGAAUGAUUUAAAAUGGAUGAUAAUCGAAAUGAGUAUCAUCUCCUGUAGAGGAUGAGGCUGUAAGAAAAAUGAAAGCAUUUGCUGUUGGCUCCCUCUGCUGUUUACUACUGGACCUUUUUUCCCCCCUCCCUUGUGUGUACGUUGGGCUUUUUGUUUUGUUUUUGUGUGUGUACAGACAUUUACUCUGACUUGAAAUUCAGAUGUGCUCUUUACGUUGGUACUUGCGCACUAAAAUCAAGCAGGAAGAGUGUGCAUAGGAAGUAUUUUAAUUGAAAUAGUCUGUUUCUUUGUUGUCUUUUUUGACAUGCUGGAGUUCACAAUAAUCACUUCAAACUGCCAAAUUCACAAUACCUCCUGAGGUUUUAUGCUACAUGAUGAGAAGCUGAAAAUAAAACUGCAGUGAUUAUUAAAAAAAAAAAAAAAAAGAGAGAAAUUCCUGUUGUAGGAAUUGGAGGUUUACUU